AUGAGUUCCGAUUCAGUCAAUGAACUUAGAUUUGAAAAAUGUAUCGUCUGCAAAAAGCCAAAAACUGGCGACAAUUGGUAUAUCUUGGACAUUGGACAUCUUGCUGAGGGCGGUUAUGGGAGUGUAUAUAAAGCUAAAUGGACACACGGCCCUAUUGAAUAUUAUGAUAAUGAUGUUCAAGAAUGGCAUAGAUCUGGUGAAACGAAUAUCGUUCUUAAAAGCAUAAAAAGUUCAAGUAAUAAUAAUAUACCCGAUGAAUUUUUUGAAGAGAUUAAAUCUCAGAUGACCUCAUUUGUGGAUUUUGGUUAUACCAUUAGCGACAAUCCAAAUGAUAGGCCGACCGCUAUUGAACUGGUUGAUAAGUUUUUUGGUUAUAGGCAAAAAGGCCAUGAAAUAUGGUCUCAAAUUAACCCUAUUGACAAAAAGUUGGAUUCAUACAUUCCCCCAAUAGACAAACCACUUGAAAAUAUUUUAUAUACUAGCAAAUUGAUUAAUUCAGUUAGCAAGCGCAUUAGCAUGCCUCCAAUAUCAUCAGAUAUUUAA